AUACCUUAAAUCUUUUGAAAUAUUGUAAUAAUAAAAGAAACAAAAUCAUUUGACAAGACUCACAAAAUACAAGAAUAGCAUCAGUGCUGUUACACCUCCAAAAGUGAAUUCAGCAGUGGGAAAUGAUGGUGAAAGGGGAUAGGAGCAUAAGCAAAAUGACGUGGUCAGGCCACGAUGACAUGGUGAGGGGCGCAUGACAUAGUUUGGUGAGGCCAAGGAGAAUAUGGUGUGAAAUACUUGCAUUGUAGUUUAAUACCUGAUCCUGGGUUUUUAAUAUGUACCGGGCGGUACGUAUCGGUUCACCAGUUGAUCGGCACGCGAACCGCUUGCUACCUGGUGGUAUCAACUUGGCUGCGGUGAGGCGAGGCAAGGAAGAAGAGAGCGUUCAAAGAAGAGGGAGAAACAUCGAAGAAGAGGGAGAAGCGUUGAGAAAGAGUAUUGCGGAGUCAUCAAUGCGCCAUCACUAGCAUCUCGAUGAACCUGAGCCCAUUGAACCUUAGCGCAAACUUAUCUUUCACACCCUUUCUCGAUCCUGAUCCAGCGCUGCCCUCCCUCGAUGAUCCUGAUCCAGGAGGUAACGACAAGGAGAGUUGUACCUCUUUGGAGGAGGAGCUGGAGGCGCGGGGAUUAGAGGAGGCAACGGCGAGAGCAGCGGAAGAGGCGGCUGCGAGGAAGGCGGCGAAGACCCCGACCUUCUUUAUCUCUAAAUGGUCUCCUUUGUCCAUUGUUGUUGCACGGAGAACCUUCCGAUAUCUAUGUCGUCUUUCUUCUCCUCACCUCCUUGACGUCGAAGGCCAUAGACGAGAACAGCCUGUAGUUCUUGUUCUUGCUGCUUUCCACUACUUCUUGAAAAAGGCUGGUGAUUAGUUUAGUCUGUGCAAUAGAUGCUGGUGUUCGUGAUCAUGAAAUUCAGUUCUCUUUAGUAGGCACUGCACUACAAUUAAGCUGAAGCUAUGAAUCAUCGGGAGGAUAAAUUUGUGAGGUUUCAUGACUGGAGUUCAGAGCAAUCCCUGGAUUCAGAAAGGGCUUUUUUAGGCAGAAAACAGAGAAGUCUUAGUUCAGCAAAAAGGAUUUUUCAAGGAGGAUUUGAUUGGGUCAGAAGCAUUUUUAAGUUUCAGUCUUCUACAAAUUCAUCUGCGGGGGUACCAAAGUCUAAAAAGAAAGUUCUAGAUCCUCAAGGACCGUUUCUUCAAAGGUGGAACAAAAUAUUUGUCAUAUCCUGCAUAGUUGCUGUGUCUGUGGACCCCUUGUUCUUCUACAUUCCAGUUAUUGAUGGUGACAAUAAUUGUCUUUAUUUGGAUAAAAAACUAGAAAUUGCUGCAAGUGUACUGCGGUUUUUCACAGAUAUCUUCUACUUGGUCCAUAUUGUUUUUCAAUUUCGAACUGGGUUCAUCGCUCCUUCAUCUAGGGUAUUUGGAAGGGGAGUUUUGGUCAAAGAUUUGUCGGCAAUAGCCAAGCGAUAUUUAUCAUCAUAUUUCCUAAUUGACAUUCUUGCUGUUUUUCCACUUCCACAGAUUAUGAUAUUGCUCAUAAUACCCAAACUUGAAGGUUCAGCACUCCUGAAUGCAAAGAAUGCACUGAUGUUUGCUGUUAUAUUCCAAUACGUGCCAAGAGUUCUUAGGAUCAUACCAUUGUAUCUUGAAGUUACAAGAUCUGCUGGUAUAAUUGCUGAAACAGCAUGGGUUGGAGCUGCUUUUAACCUUUUACUUUACAUGCUUGCAAGUCAUAUACUGGGAGCAUUUUGGUAUUUUCUUUCUAUAGAACGUGAAGGCACUUGUUGGGGAAAAGCUUGUGCCCAACCUGAUUGCAAAAUUGACUCUUUAAUCUGUGGACAGCAAAACAACCAGAAUAAUAGUUUCCUGGGAGAUGCUUGCCCUAUAAGUCCCAAAAAUGGGACUAUCUUUGACUUCGGAAUAUAUCUACAAGCUCUGCAAAAUGUUGUUCGAUCAGAAAAGUUCUUGGAGAAGUUUUUUUAUUGCUUUUGGUGGGGGCUUCAAAAUCUAAGUUCUCUUGGACAAAACCUUAAAACAAGCACUUACAUUUGGGAGAAUAUUUUUGCUGUUUGUGUUUCCAUCUUUGGCUUAGUUCUGUUUGCGCUUCUCAUUGGCAAUAUGCAGACAUAUCUACAAUCAACUACUGUCAGAAUAGAAGAAAUGAGAGUAAAAAGGAGAGAUGCAGAGCAGUGGAUGUCUCACCGAUCCCUUCCUGAGAGCCUAAAGGAGAGAAUACGCCGUUAUGAGCAGUAUAGGUGGCAAGAAACAAGAGGAGUAGAUGAAGAGCAUCUUCUUCAUAACCUUCCUAAAGACCUUCGAAGGGAUAUAAAGCACCAUCUCUGCUUAUCACUCCUCAAGCGGGUUCCAAUGUUUGAGAAGAUGGAUGAUCAACUCAUCGAUGCCAUGUCUGAUCGUUUGAAACCAGUUUUAUACACUAAAUGCAGCUGCAUCGUUCGUGAAGGAGACCCAGUAAAUGAAAUGCUCUUUAUUAUGCGAGGAAAGCUAGAGAGCAUGACCACUAAUGGUGGAAGAACUGGAUUUUUCAAUUCAGACAUUCUGAAGGCUGGAGAUUUCUGCGGGGAAGAGCUUCUGACCUGGGCUCUAGACCCUUACUCAUCAUCCAGCCUCCCUAUCUCGACAAGGACAGUUAAGACACUAUCUGAAGUCGAAGCUUUUGCUCUGAUGGCUGAUGAUCUGAAGUUUGUUGCUACACAAUUCAGAAGGCUGCAUAGCAAACAACUGCAGCAUUCAUUUAGAUACCAUUCGCAGCAAUGGAGGACAUGGGCUGCUUGUUUUAUACAGGCAGCUUGGCGUAGAUACUCGAGAAAGAAGCUUGAAGACUCUUUGCAUGAAAAGGAGAAAAGGUUGCAGGCUGCAAUGGUCAGCGGUGGUGCUAGUUCACCGAGCCUUGGCGCUGCGCUGUACGCUUCGAGGUUUGCAGCGAAUGUGCUGCGCAACUUGCGCCGACACAAGAGCAGGAAGGCCCCUCCUUUGAUGAUAUUGCAGAAGCCAGCAGAGCCUGAUUUUUCUGCUGAAUAAGCAUUGGUGCAUAGCCUCCCGCCGAAUUGUUCUUCUUGCUCCUAGUUACUACCGUACUCGUGCCUUUCCAAAAAUUAUUUUUGUUUUUCUAAAUAUAUAUUCAAAAGAAUGUAGCAGCAAGUUAUGGUGUAUAUAUCAAGUUGACUAGGUCAUUUCAUUCUAUGUCAACCACCUGGGUUAGUUGUGCAGCCAUACAUGUAUUCUGGUUAGAUGUCAAAGUUCCCAUGAAAGACUGGUGUAGAAAUAUAUGAAAACUUAUGUUGGGGAUGUGGAAUUAUGCUACUUGUAGAUUGUGAAUUAUAACAGAAGCAUUCUUGUAUUGAUUUCUCAA